AUGUUUGAAGGCAAUGUGACUUAUCCAUUCUUGGGCAGAGAUGGCAAGGCUGAGACACUCUGGACAAAUGGAUGCAAUGAUAAGAUGGAAGAUAAGAAGGCUUUAAAGACGUGGCAUUACCUUUAUGGAGGCUUGAGUCGCGAAGGAAUAGAGGUUCAGCGUUUGCGCUGUAUGCCAAUAAUCAUAACAAAUGGAAAGGAAUACAAUUGGUAA